AUGGAGGACACCUACAAGUAUCAAUCAUCGAAACCUUCACCAGGCCCACACGAUGCCUCGGACAAACCUCGACAGCCCGUCUCCCUGCGGUCUCGGCCGUUGAAUUUCGAGCAUUUCCGUGUCACCUUCCCCCAGGAGAAAGUCGUCCAGGUGACACUAACCAGGACGGACAAGCUCAACUGCGUCGACAAGGCCACCAGCCGAGAGAUAGCGGAGAUCUGGGAGGCAUUCGACCAGGACGAGAGCCUGUUGGUGGGGGUGAUCACGGGCGAGGGAAGGGCGUUCUGCACGGGGGCCGAUCUACACGAGUGGAACGAGAUGAACAGGAGUGGCGUCGUCAACGACAUGGGGGCGCCCGGGCUGGCGGGGCUGCCGCGGCGGGGGGGCAAGAAGCCGAUCAUCGCAGCGGUCAACGGCAUCUGCAUGGGCGGGGGGUUCGAGAUGGCGGCGAAUUGCGAUCUCGUAAUAGCGGCCUCGUCGGCGGUGUUUGCCCUGUCUGAAGUCAAGCGCGGCAUCGUCCCCGUGGCGGGCAGCCUGCCGCGCCUGGCCUCGACCAUCGGCCUGCAGCGCACCAUGGAGCUGGCCCUGACGGGGAGGACCGUGGGCGCGGCGGCGCUCCACGCGUGGGGCCUCGUCUCCCAGGUCGUGGGCGAUGACGACGACGUCGACGUCGUGGGCGCGGCGCUGCGGCUGGCGGGAGAGAUCUGCGGCAACAGCCCUGACGCGGUCAUCGUUGGCCGGCUGGGCGUCCGCAUGGCGUGGGAGACGGGCAACGUCGAGGAGGCCGUGACCGCGCUGGCGGAGCAGUGGUACCCCCGCCUGGUCAAAGGUGCCAACUUUGCCGAGGGUAUCCAGGCAUUUGCGGAAAAAAGGCCACCAAAGUGGGUGGGUUCCAAGCUGUGA